AUGUUGUCCAAACUCGCUCGAGCCACGGUGGCUCUCACGCUCACUUCGUCUUGUCUCGUGCAGGCUCAAUUCGCCACCAAAGUUCCAGCAGCCGAAGCCUCUGCUGUUGCGGGAAUCGUAGAAGACGACCCUGCCGACUUUCCCAAGUUCAAGAAGACGGGAAGUCCCGCGUAUACCUUGUACUCGGAAGCUCUUCCUAUUCCAGCACCGGCCACUCCUAAGUAUAAGAUUAUCAACCCAGUGACGAAUAAGGAGAUCUGGUAUUAUGUUGGUGCCCUGGAAUUCGAGAUCAAGCCGUUCAAUCAGCAGGUCUACCCCAAGCUCAAGCCCGCUCGACUUGUGGGGUACGAUGGCAAGUCCCCUGGGCCUACCAUCAUCGUCCCCAAGGGCACUGAGAGUGUUGUUCGUUUCGUGAACAGUGCCGAUCGUGAGAACUCGGUCCAUCUGCACGGGUCUCCAUCUCGUGCUCCAUUCGAUGGAUGGGCAGCGGACAUCACCAACCCUGGCGAGUACAAGGACUACUACUAUCCCAAUUUCCAGUCUGCUCGCUUCCUGUGGUAUCACGACCAUGCUCUCCACUGGACGGCAGAAAACGCCUACUUUGGCCAAGCCGGUGCGUACCUCAUCACUGAUACCGAGGAGGACAAGCUUGGCCUUCCCUCUGGCUACGGAAAGCAAGACAUUCCUCUCGUACUCUCAUCCAAGCAGUACAAUUCCGAUGGUACUUUGUUUUCUACUCAGGGAGAAGACACGUCGCUGUGGGGUGAUGUAAUCCACGUGAAUGGUCAACCAUGGCCAUUUUAUAACGUUGAGCCCCGCAAAUAUCGGUUUCGCUUCCUCAAUGCAGCUGUCUCUCGUAACUUCGAUUUGUUCUUCGUCACAUCUACGGCCACGAAUACCAGGAUCCCUUUCAAAGUCAUCGCUUCUGACUCUGGACUCCUUGAGGGCCCGGUCCAAGUUGAUGACCUCAAGGUGGCUGUUGCUGAACGCUAUGAAGUUGUCUUCGACUUCUCGCAGUAUGCAGGCAAGACCCUGUUUCUCCGCAAUGAUGAGCAAGCUGGCGACGGUAAAUAA